AUGGCUGAUCCGUGGGUGAUUCAGCCACAUGAGCAUGUUAAGUUUGCCGAGCAUUUCCGUAAUCUUGGACCUGUGAACGGUACGCUCACAGGAGAACAGGCUAAGAGAUUCAUGUUACAGUCUCAACUUCCACCACCAAUUCUUGGCCAGAUAUGGUCUUUAGCCGACACCAAUGCCGAUGGCAAGCUGGAUCUCAAAGAAUUCUCUAUAGCUUGCAAGAUAAUCAAUUUGAAACUACAUGGAGUGGAAAUACCAAAAGCUUUGCCACCAUCAUUACUCGCCUCUUUAAGCCCUACUGGUGCUAAACAACAGUUUCCCCCACCGAAGCCACCGAUUCCACCAAUGCCGAAUCUUUCUCAAACUUCUCAACCACUUAUAAGCAACCUACCACCUUCUCAGCCACUUAUUAGCAACCUCCCACCUUCUCAACCACUUAUAAGCAAUUUACCACCUUCUCAACCACUUAUAAGCAAUUUACCACCUUCUCAGCCACUUAUAAGUAACUUACCAUCUUCUCAACCACUUAUAAGUAACUUACCACCUUCUCAACCACUUAUAAGUAACUUACCACCUUCUCAACCACUUAUAAGCAACUUGCCACCUUCUCAACCACUUAUUCCUAACCUACCACAAUCACAACCACUUAUAAGUAACUUACCAACCUCGCAACCAAUCAUGAGCAACCUUCCAUCGCAACCCUUAAUAAGUAGCCUACCAUCUAACCAAUUAAUUGGUGAUUUGUCAAAACCGAAUGUACCUGAUCUAAUCUCCGGUGUAAAACCUAUGGGUCAACCACUAACUGGUUUAAACCAGCCAAUGACUCAAAACUCACCACUGAUCAACCAAAAUAAACCACUAACCGGGAUCCCCCCACCCAUACCUCCACAACCAUCCCAAGCAUUGAUUGGCAAUAACCAAUCAGUUAUUGGUAAUUCCCAGCCAUUAAUUGGCAACAACCAAUCUAUGAUCUCGCAAGCUCCAACAACACAGUCGGAUUUGGUGGGUUUGAGCCAAUCUUUGGCUGGCCAACCGCCAUUGGUUGGGCCAACUCCAUUGGUCCCAAGCUCGCAACCUAAUAUCCCUAGUGGCGCUACAGUUGGUUCCAAUAUUGGCCCAACAAGUCCUCCGAAACCAGUGACCAGUAUGGCUCCAAUGCAACCAGUUACUUCAACGCCGAUUGUAGCUAAAAGCGAUUCAUUUUCCAAGCCUAGUUCUCUAGUAACAAGUCCCACUGAACCAUUGGGUGUUGUGAGCCCACCACCAGUAGAAUGGGGAAUACCACAGGCACAGAGACUCAAGUACACCCAACUGUUCAAUGUAACUGAUCGUGCUAAGACCGGUUCAGUCUCUGGAGCUCAGGCGAGAGCUGUGAUGCUACAGUCUAGACUACCUCAGCUGACAUUGGCUCAGAUUUGGGCGUUGGCUGACCUUGACUCGGAUGGCAAAUUGGGUUGUGAAGAAUUCGUGCUAGCCAUGUAUUUGUGUGAGAGAGCUACACAGGGUGAGCCGGUGCCAGCUAAAUUACCACCUGAGUUGAUACCACCUACUUUCAGACGCGAUUCAGUUUCAUCACAAACCAGUAUAAAAUCAUACGAGGAGAGAAGGAAAGAGAAUUUAGCGAGAGGUCAAGCAGAGUUGGAGAGGAGACGGUCACAAUUGGCUGACGCACAGAUGAAAGAAAAGGAAGCAGAGGCGGAGAGAGAGCGCAAAGAAAGAGAAGAAGCAGAAAAGAAGGAAAAAUUACGUCUGGAAGCACAGAAGAAGGAACAAGAAGAAUUAUUACGGAAACAGAAAGAAGAACAGGAAAAACGUGAAGCAGCCAGGAAGGAAAUGGAAAGACAGUGUCAAUUAGAAUGGGAAAUGAAAAGAACCCGUGAACUUGAAGCUCUUCGUACAGAAGAACAAUCCAAGGUAUUGAGUCUCAAGUCAAAAUCACAAGUCCUUACAGCGGAGUUGACUUCUGUGACCCUAAGGAGUGGAAACUUGGCCAAGGACAUACGAGAUACUAGAACGGCUGUGGCCAGUGCAAAAUGUACCAUAGAUUCUAUGAGGUCAGAUCGCGACGCAUCGAUGGCUGAAAUGCAGCAGCUAAAGGCGAGAGUCAAAGAAUUGAAUGCAAAACAAAUAGCACUGAACAAGGAGAAGGCUGAGUUGGAUACAAAGAUCAAAGUGUCGGACGGAGCUGACGAUGGUAACUUGAACAUGAUGGAGGCUAACUUGAAACAACUCAGAGAUAAGGUGGACGCAGCCAAAGCUCUGGUCGAAUCUAAGAAGAACGAUCUAGAAGCCAAUCAGUCUCAGCUGAGCGAGUUAUCGGAGAAGGUGACGUCACUAGUGGACAAGUGCGAGUCGGUGUGGAAACUGUAUGAGACGAAGAGGGACGAGUACAUGAGCAGGAGCACCGCGCCCGCAGACAGCGCCUGGGGGACUGAGGCUGACUGGGGAACAUCCAACGAGGCGUGGGGAGAGCCGGCGAGUAACGAGGCCUGGGGCGACGCGCCCGCUACUAACGCCGCGGAGGUGGUUCCAUCUUCUACCACGUCAACCGCCAGAUGGCGCUGUGUGUAUGAAUUCACUGCUCGGACUGCGGACGAGCUGAGUCUACAACCAGGAGACAUGGUGAGUGAAGCGGUCGCGCCGAGAGGAGACGCGGAGCCCGGGUGGCGCUGGGGUACAGCACGGGGUCAAUCGGGUUGGUUCCCGGAGUCAUAUGUUGAAGAUAUAAACGCUGUACAGGCGUACGCCGAGGUCAUUGAACCUCUGGAGACUAAAACGCAGCUGGAAGGUAUAGCCGAGGUCCCGGAGGCUGAAAUAUCAAAUGACCUUGGAGGAGCCGUGCCUAUUGUAGAGGGAGGAGACUUCUAUAUCGCGGCGUAUCCUUACAACUCCACGGAACCAGGAGACUUGACCUUUGAGGCUGGAGAGAGGAUAGAGGUCAUGAGGAGGGAUGGAGACUGGUGGACCGGCAGGGUGGGGAUACGCACCGGCAUUUUCCCAUCCAACUACGUCACCAAGGAUACAACGACUGGAAGUGACGUCAUGUCGAGUAUACCGGAAGCGAGGGAGCCAGAACCUGUAAAGGAACUGCAAACGGUGUCCGAGGUUGCACCAGAAAUACAAGCUGAGCCCAAAGAAGCUCCCGUCGACUAUAUACAGGAACAGAAGUCAUCCACGCCGAUAUCCUCGGAGGUGGCUUCUAUAACGGAGUCAGCGGGAGGUGGUGCGGGGGGCGCUCGGCCCGCGUCCGCCGCCAGGAGGGACUCCGGCCGGGACUCCGCCACCAGGAGGAAGCAUGAGGUGGCGCAGGCACUCGCUAACUACACCGCUACCAGUUCGGAGCAGCUGUCUCUAGUGAAGGGCCAGCUUUUAGUUGUGAGGAAGAAGGCUGACAGCGGCUGGUGGGAAGGAGAACUACAAGCGAAGGGACGCGCGAGGCAGAGCGGGUGGUUCCCCGCUACAUAUGUUAAGGUUCUUCAGUCGUCGGGGCGCACCUCGGGCCGCACUACGCCCGUCAUGUCCAAAAUGGAUUCCGUGCCCACGGAAACUGUUAUAGAUAAAGUCAUCGCUCUGUAUCCAUACACGGCUCAAAACGCGGACGAACUCAGCUUCGACAAGGACGACAUUAUAGCGGUCACUGACAGGUCGCAGGACCCCGCUUGGUGGCAAGGUGAACUUCGUGGUAUGACCGGCCUCUUCCCAAGCAACUACGUCACCAAACUGGUUAACUGA